GAGGCAAACGUGUCCGCUCUCCUGCAAUUCCACCAAAACACCCACGAUAACAAGAGAGACACGUGCUGGUCACACGAAGCAAACAGUGCAUCUCCCACAUAUCCUUAACACUUACAUUUCGUAUUCCCACAGAAGCAUCCGUAGCGGACAGAGCCGCCGCCAUUCCCCUACGCUUGAAGGACCUGCACGUAGGGAACUGCAAUACUACGACAAUAAACUAGGAGUUUGCGGCGCACGAUGCAGCCGUUAGGAGCCACGUCAGUCCACAUCCGACGCGGCGAUGGCGUCUCCUGUGCAGGCUCUGCAGCAGUGAAUCCCGCUCCCCCGACUCCCACACAGCAACGGACGUAUUCCACGUAUCUCCCGCCGCUGGCGUGGGCGCCCCUUGUGAGAAAGCACAUACCCACCCGUUUCAGACCAUCUGCAAUGUGGCCACUACUGCGUCGCAAGCGGCACCGCGUUGUCAGCGCCGUUCUCUUCCUCCUUCUUCUCUUGCUUGUCUGCAUACUCUCGUGGAAGUUACUCUUCGCAGCACCUGCGAGUUCUCUGCAAUACAACGAUGUUGCGGAGGCGGUUGGUGGAACGCGACUCUGUCCGUGGCGGUGACGCACGAGGCGCCGCUGACGUGUCUCGACAGCCGCCAGCUGCAGCAGCGCGCGGCCGGUGGUGCGUCGGCGACGGUGAUGCGGCGGUCGCAGCUGCCGUCGUGGACGCUGCGCGUGGUGGAUGCGCUGUGCGACGAGUGCCUGGACAACGCGACGCACGCGGCUGCUGUGGCGCGGCAGCUUGGUGCGUCCACUGCGUCCGCGGACGGCGCGUUGCCCGCUGCGACUGUGUUUGCGACGCCGAGCGCGCCGCUUGGGCUUGCGGGCCCGAUGCUGUUUGCGAUGGCGAGCGUGACGGACGGCGUAGCUGUUGGCGCUGAGCUUGCGCGGUGGAGCUGGGUGCUGCGGUCGUACGCGGUGCGGCGGCAGUUCCGUGGCGCGUCGCCUGUGGGGCUGAGGGGCGGGACGUCGCCGUACCUCGUGGUGCUUGGGAUCCCGUCGACGGACCAGCCGGUGCGGUCGUCGCUGCGUGAUGCACAGCGCGACACGUGGCUGUCGUACGCGGAGGUUGCGCGGAGCGGGAACGACUUCCGCGGUGCGCUGCUGCCGCUGUACAUCUUCGCUGCUGCGGAGCGCGAGCAGCCGCACGCUGUGCUGGACGUGUCGCCGCUGCUGCCGACGGUGGCGGAGUACGAGGCCGCGUCUGCGGUGCUGCUGAGGCCUGGUAGUGCUGCUGGUGCGGUGCGGAGCUACGCUGAGCGUCGCGUGCGGCUUGCGGUUGAUGUUGGCGCUGUGGGCGCCGGUGACGCGCUGCUGGCCGAGUCGCCGUGUGCGGCGAUCGUGUCGAGGCCUGCGACGCCCGCUGCGGGCACCGGCGCGGACGCGACGUGGCUGUCGCAGCUUGCGUCUGCGCUGGCGCUGCCGGUGCGUCCCGCCGCUGUGGCGGCCGCGGAGUUCGUGUGCGGCGCGUCGACUGCGCUGUGGCAGGAGGCGUUGGCGCACCGCAACAUGGUGUGGGUGGACAUGAUGACGGACCGGCGCCCGAGCUCGAAGAAGAAGCUGGGCGAGGGUGGCAACUGGGGCCUGCCGGUGGAGGUUGGGAUGACGCAGAAAACCGUCCUGUGGCUGGAGUACGCCUACCACGCGUUCCCCGAUGUGCCGUACAUCAUGAAGGGCGACGACGACACGUACCUGAAGGUGCCGCAGUUCAUGAGCGACGUCCGUUACAUGCGUGCUGGUUUCAAGGGCAAGCGUGUGCGGAGUCCGCCGGAGGUGCGCGAUGCGGUGGGCGUCGCGGAGACGGAGGAGUGCAUUUACUGGGGCAAUAGUAUUCGUGGUGAUCUUUGGAACUACCUACGCUACCACGCGGGCAGUGGGUACAUGCUGCACCGCCGUCUGGUUCAGGUGGUGCUGGAGGCGACGGACGAGCUCAAUUUUAUGAUGUGGCUUGCUGUUACCCCAUACAACAUUAAAUACUUCAAGCAGUACGUGAGUCGUGUGAUGGACGUCGAGGACGCCUUUGUCGGACACGUGCUAAGACAGAGGCGGCGCCGCAUUCGCGAGGUCUGCCCCUUCCACCGCGCCAAUUACGUAGAAGAGCCACCUACGCGCCACUUCGACCUGUACUCCGCGAAGUUCAACGUGACGUGGGCCUCGGUGCUGAUGCACCACGUCUCUCCCUCUGAUCAGUACUGGGUGUUCGAUCGAGGCCCUGCGUCGCGUUGCGCACCUUCGACGCCGCCCACGCAGCAGCAGCGGCCGUCAUAUCCGCAUCCGUCACUUUGCCAUCCGCCUUCAUCCGCGCCGCUACAUCGUACUCGUGAGCGAAGAAGUAGUGGAUGGCCGACGGUGUGGAACCAUCCGAGUGGGUUGCCGGAGUCCUUUGUUUCGCCGACGGACAACAUUCGCGUGUAUGAGAUGGUGUACCAGCUGUUUAAGUUUGAUGCACUCGACGCGGCGUACACGCCAGUCGUACCGGAGUAUUAA